UGGCAUAUAAACCGAUCAAAUAUUCAAUAUUCUGCCAACAGCACAUAUCUGUCCUUCGCUCUCUUUGCACAAUUGCACAAACCAGUGUAUAUUUAUUACCUUAUUGCAUUCAUUGUUUGCAUUGCUCAUUAUUUGCACAUUCAUUAAAAAUAUGCUUUCCGCUUCGAGCUUUUUAUUGUUAGCCAUCCUUCAAUUGUUUACACUUGCACUUGGCAACCCUACUUGUGGUGCCAGUGAACACGUAAUCACUUCUCAGAACGAUCUGGAUGUUUUGAGUGGAUGCAAAAUUCUCAAUGGCUCCAUUUUCAUGAACAGUAGUUCUGCUACAUCUUUGACCUUUAACAAUAUCGAACAAAUCGGGGGUGAUGUAGUGAUUUCUAACAAUUUCUAUCUUGCUUCCCUUUCGAUGCCCCAUCUUAAGUCAAUUAGCGGUAUCUUCCGCCUAGAAAAACUAACACGCCUUUCGAGCUUGUAUGCACCUCAGUUGACGAAGGUGCGCGAUCUGAGAAUGAAAGUACUUCCAAAUCUUCAGGUCUCACAUUUUGACAAGGGUAUCUCUGAUGCUCAAAAUGUCCUGGUAGAAGACACACAGUUAUCCACCUUGGAUGGUAUUUCCUUAAGUGCAGCCGACAACUUUGUCAUUGUCAACAACAACUACCUUCGAGAGGUAAAGAUGCCUGCACUCAAAAAGGUUUCUGGAAAACUUUAUGUUUCCUAUAAUGCAAAAGACGUGCGCGUAUAUUUCCCUAAGUUGGAGGAGACAAGUGACUUUACCCUCCAACGUGUUUCUGUCGCUGACUUGAGUUCUUUGUCAAAGGUUCAUGGAUCCCUGGGUUUUUUGAACAGCACGAUGACUGAAAUCAAUUGUCCCAACAUUACCAAAAUUGAUCAAUCGCUCUUUUUCGUUGGCAACACCGAACUCCAAACGGUUAGGCUUCCUAAACUCAAAGUACUUGGAGGAACAUUUAUGAUCUACAACAACCAAAAACACCGUACAGUCGACGGCUUUGAAUCUUUGGAAACUAUCGGUGGUGCUAUUGACUGUUCGGGUAACUUUUCUAGCAUUUCACUGCCUGAAUUGAGAGACGUGAAGGGCGGUCUUAAUAUCCAAACUACCGCCAGUAACUUUACGUGCCCUUUUAAAUACCAUGAUGGAACAGUCAAGGGCAAGUCCUUUGUUUGCCGGGGUUCUAUUUUGGAUCCUAAGAGCAGCAAGGAGACCACCUUAACCAAUGACAUUUUGGAAGACGAAGGCCAUUCCACUUCCGCGACUACUACGACGGGUACUUCCAGAAAGAAGGCGUCCAAGGAGGAGUCCGCUGCUUUCUCUAUCAGAUUUCCUGCUACGUUAUUUUUGGCUAGCAUGGGAUGCAUUCUUGCGGUCUCUUUGGACGUUACUGGAUUCCUUUCAUGAGUUGCUGCCUAUACUGCCGACCCAGUGUACGGUUUAAGCGCUUAUGAUAUCCCUAUGGGCAGGAAUAUGUUGUGGUCAUUUCUAUUAGUAUUAAUUAUGUAGUAAUAAAAUUCCUGCCCAUUUCAUAUAACAAAGGUCAUUGUUUACAUUGUUUAAAGUAUCCUCAAUAGUUGUCGG